CGAGUUUGUUGGUUUCCCGCAGUCCGCUCUGAAUGGUACCGAGGUUGAAAUUCGACUUCGCUGUGCCGACGAUUCGGAUUUAACGUUUCAAGUGCAAUUCGUCAUUCGAAGUUCACCGUGCGAUAAAGAGUUCUUCGAUGUGGGACGGCAUUCACGAGUGAAAGACCUCUUGAAUUUCUAUUUCGAGCAUGAAUGGGAAAUCCCCCCGGGAUAUAACUAUGAUAAAAUCCUCUUCUACAAAUCCGACUCGCACCAGUUCAAUUGUCGCCAAUCGCAUGGUGUUAUGCUUGUUGAGGAAAACGGGCCACGUAGGCCGCUUCAGGUACACGAGGUCUCUCAGGUAAGAUCUGUUUUGGAGAGUUAUGAUGUUUGGUUAGUUCAUUGUAUGACACUCACUUAA